AUGGUCGAGGCUCAACGACCCUUCCAUGUGUCGUUGGCUCUCAGCAUCGGCCCCAUGUGGUGUGGACACAGGCGACGGAGACGGCGAGGACGAGGACGAUUCAAGAUUUACUUCGACGACGAAUCUGUUCGCGUGAUCGGGGACGCGCUGGGUUUAGUUAGUCGGUACCAAGAAGACCUUUUCUCGAUCGAAGAGGUUUGCGAACUGGCCACGCCGCAAGUAGCUCGUAGGCUUCUUCGAACCCUCCUGAAAUUUGUUGCGCAGCUCCACCAGUUCGGUAUCGUUCACAACGAUAUCUGCCUAUCCGCCGUGUUUGUCUCUGGGCCCUGCGACCCGGACUCCGACAUUCUCCCCGCGGGUUUCUCUGAGGCUACCGGAGACAUGACGCGGGCCAAAAACGACUGCUUCCAGGUUUUUCAGACUGUCCAGGAAUUCCUAGGACAAAGGGCAGCAUUGCCCAAAUGCUGGACGGGAGACGAGCACCUGGACGGCCUCUGGCAGUACCUCUCAGAAUUCAGCGGCGACAACUGGCCUUGUACCGCACAGGAGGUAUGCAACCGCUCGGACAUCAGCCUAUCCCCUGAUAUGGAUGAGCCCAAGGUCAUCUCGGUAUCCAAAGGCUUCGAUUUCAGACACACUUCUCAGCAGGACGUAUCGUACCUGAAUGUCAGGGAUGUCAAGGAGUACUUGACCAAGGACGCAGUCCGUAGCGCAAGUAGGGUACCGUCCACCGCCCAGGUCAAGUCCCUAAUCGAAACGGCGUUCGCGGCCCUUGAGCCUUGCAUAUGUGACGGUACGGUCACCGCCAAGGAUUACUCGUACUUCAAGGAUCACAUGCAGAAACGGCACGCCAACUACAAUCUCGGGCUCAGGUUGUUCCUCGCCCUGCCAUCCAACUACUACAUCAAAAGGCCGAUCCAGUUCAGCCUCAGCUUCCCGGUGCCAUACCUUUCUCGUUACGGCCUGGUUAACCUCGAGUACUUGCAGAACCUCGCUUCUCCAGACUUCGACCCCGGCAUCCUCAAGCCCCUCCUCCCUUUCUGCUUUGAGAUCCGCGGCUUCCCCGAAGCCCGCGGCGUCUACAUCUCUGUCACCCACCUAGACGUCAUCGCAGAGCGCCUCGGUCUGCGCAUCGAGGACGACAACUACUACGACGCCACCGUCCCCCCGGACACCUCCCUAGACGAGUACACCUACCAAGAGUGGUUUCUCCUCGCGCCGCACCCCCUGUCACGCAUCUUCCCCGUCCAGCGCGCCACAAAUCAAGUUCUCACCGCACCCACAACCUCCACCCCGCUAGGCCGUUUCCUCGCCGACCACUUCGACGCCAAAACCUACCUGGACGCGGAUGUCGUCCACAACCCGGCGCACCUCUUUAUCAGCAACAACAACAACAUGCCCCUACCGCUCCCCAACUCAUGCGGCGGCUCGGUCGAGGCGCCCAGCGACGACUCGCUCUUCGGGCGGUUCCGGCCGUCGGCGCUGCCCCCGCCGAGCUUGCUGCUCGAGACGAAAGCGAAGCGGAAGACGGAGGAGACGGAUGCGUGGAUACGCGAGCAGGAGGAGGCGAGGAGGGCGAGGAGGCGCGGGAGGAGGAGGGGGGAUAUGGUGCCGACUGAGUUUGGGAGUAAAGGUUAG